UUGGAUAUCAUUAUGUCUUUUUGAUUCUGAGUACAGACAGAAUUUAUAAAAUAGCAAGGGAAACAAGUGUUCAUCACUCCCUUAACCAUCUUACCAUCUCAUUAGAGAACAAAUGCUGCACGCUCAAAGGGUCAAUUAAAGCCCAAGACUCGGAUUCUGAGCUUGGCUAGGGAUGCUUGAACUCCACGGAGGCAGACUUCCCCGCUGAAGAAAGUGCGUGCCAGAGGUGCUGGGGUUGUUGUUGGUGAGACAAGCUUUCAUGGCUGUUAAGGCAGCUAAGGCGGGCAGCGAGCUCACUCCUUCCCAUGCUCGCCUGUUUGAUUGACGUUGGCUUCCUAGUCACUGCGACUGUGCCUGAAGAAAAGCAAAGGAGCAUAAUUUUGCAGAGAGAAUUUUCCUGGCAGGGGAAGGCAUGCCAUGCAGAGAAAUGCACCACUGAAGAGCCUGGAAGUACACGUCCAGGUGCUAACACAACUUCCACUCAAGCCAUGCUGUUGUGAAGUCCUUUUCUUCCUGCUCAGCGCUCCAAGGUGGGCUGCACGGGGGCUGCCCAUGGCACUGCGGCAGGCUGGGCAGGAUUAGUUUCUGGUGUGUCAUUGCUUCAGCUGUCUGAAGAACUGAAGAAGAUUGCAGGGAAUAUGUUGGACUUGAGCUUCCUUACCGAGGAGGAGUAUGAGAAGCUGAUGAAGGUUCUGCAGAGAGAUGCAGAGCUGAAGAAGAAGGAUGGGGAUCGCAUCAGGCGGAUGCAAGGCUCCAUCAAGGAUGAAAAGAAGAAGAAGUUUGUGACAGGUGAAUGGUUUUUGGAAGUGAAAGCAAAAAGGUUUCAGGAAGACUUAGAGGGGCCAGAUCUACUUCGAGCAUCAAUUAGAAGGAAAAAGGGCAAACUGGAAAAUGAGGCCGAUGAGCACAUCCAGGAGGGCCUGGAAAGCAAAGCUGUCCCGAGUUCUGCCUUCCCUGAGCUCACUCCUGGUGCAGGAGAGGAAAGAUCCAGCACGUCAGCUCUUGAUACCACAGAGGAGCCUAAAAUCUUGCCAAAAGCGAAGCUGAGAUUUCCUGUCCCACUAUCUGCAUCAUACAAGAGAUCCAGUAUACAUGAUGUCUCUUCCUCGGAGGGUGACACUGGAACAAGGCCAUUUGUGGCUGCAACAAACAGCUUGCAUGUGUCUGGGAAAGGUCAUGGAAUAUCUCCAUUGCCCACUAAGCUUUCAGAAGAUGCUCUGCCCCAGCCCAGCAGUGCAGCUGAAGAAGUUGUUGAUGGGGCCACUAGUACCACAGUGGGGGCAAAAACUCCACCUGAAGAGACUUAUGCUCCCAGCAAAAUACCAGUUAAGAGGAAACCAAGCAGAACUUUCCCCAGAUCUGAACAGUUUGAGAGUCACAAGGAGCCAGCAGAGAACAGUCUCACAAAGAGAGAGGUGCUAGCAAGCCCCAAACCUCGGACUGCAGAGGGAGAAAGCACCCAGGUUGUGAAGCAAGGCAUGAACUAUACGAUCUCAUCAAUGAGUAACAAAGAGGAGGAUGUUGGCCUCAAUCGUGAACACUUUCAGAACUUGAAGAACUUCUGGGAGAAGGGAGCAGACUAUGCGACAGUGAGAAACUUGCCAGAGAAUCCAAGCUGGGUGGAGGCAGAUGGUAGGCAGUUCAAGCUGUGCCGCUCACUCUCUGUGCAGUCCAGGGAUGGCGAAGAGAAACCUGGUGUCUUCACCAAAGCAAGAACCCCUUACAAAAGGACAAUAACCUUGUCUUCUAGUGAGGAAGAACCAAGCUAUGUAGCCCCUGCAAGGAAGGGUUCGGUUUCCCUUGUUCCUAGAUCCACAUAUGCCAAGAGCAAAGGUGGCCUGGUUACAAGAAAUAACUUGCUCAGUGAAAGCAACAGGAAGCUGCUGGUGCCAGAGGAAGAGAAAGCGGCACAGCGUGUCUCCAAGAAAUCCAGAUUGCCUGUGCGAGCGCCUUCCGUCAAAAUCGAGUCGCCUACCAAAGAAGUGUCUGGCAGCAUGUAUGAGCCAAGGACGCCUACAGACGAGUUUAUUGUGGCAGAAGAGCGCAAGCACACAACAAAUUCCCUGGCAAGCAGGGUGCAGAUACUGAUUGAGCCCGUGCUUACAGAUGGUGAAAAUGAUGAUGAGAAAGAGGAAAGAUCUGAUUUGGGCACUCACGACAGCAUGGAAAUAAAUGGAGAGCUACCCGAGGAAAAAACAUCUGAGUCUUCAGACAAGCCAACACCCAGUGAACCAACCGGAGAGAGGGAAGCUGUUCAGGGAAUGGACUCAGCUAUUUUCUCAGAGGAAGGUGGGGAUCAUUCUCCUGCUGCUCGGGCAUUGGCCCGAGCAAAUAGCACGAAUCUUGCAAAGAGCAUGGUGAACAUUUACACAACCACAGAGACAUACAAUAAGCCUCAUUUGAUACCCCAUCAGCUUCUUGAACCUGAAAGAGUCAAGGAGCUGAGCAGAUCCUCUCCUCUCCUGUUGUCUGAGACUGAGUCAGACACGGCUUCGGAAAUCAGCUUCCAGUUUAACAAGCACAAAAAGACGCCUAGCAUUGGCAGCCACUCGUCUGACAUGGCUUCUGUCUCCUCGGUGAGUGGCAGUGUGCUCAGUGUCUACAGCGGCGAUUUUGGGAGUGUGGAUGCCCAAGGUACUGUUGAGUUUGCUCUAGACUAUGAUGAGAAGAACCGGGAGUUCCAGGUUCAUGUGUCACAGUGCAAGGACUUGGCUGUUGUGGAUGAGAAGAAAGGCAGAUCUGACCCGUAUGUUAAAACUUACCUGCUCCCAGACAAAGCUAGAAUGGGUAAGAGGAAAACCUCAGUGAAGAAGAGGACAGUGAAUCCCAUUUACAACGAGGUGCUACGGUAUAAAAUAGAGAAAAUGGUACUGCUGAUCCAAAAAUUAAAUCUCUCUGUUUGGCACAAUGACCCACUGGGACGUAACAGUUUCCUGGGAGAGAUCGAAAUAGACUUGGCCAGCUGGGACUGGAGCAACAGGAAACUCAACUGGUACCCGCUGAAGCCCCGAAGCCUUUCUGCUGUUAACGGGGUGGAUCAUCGAGGAGUGAUGAAUUUGUCUAUUAAGUACGUCCCUCCAGGAAGCCUAGGUCCUAAGAAUCCUCCCUCUGGCGAAGUUCACAUUUGGGUCAAAGAUGUCAAGGACCUGCUGCAGUUGCGUCCCUCUGGAGUUGAUUCCUUUGUGAAAUGCUAUGUGCUCCCAGACACCAGUAAGAAGAGUUACCAAAAGACCCGAGUCAUAAAAAGAGACACAAACCCUGUUUUCAAUCACACUAUUGUAUAUGAUGGCUUUCAUACAGAGGAUCUAAAGGAUGCUUGUGUUGAACUGACUGUGUGGGAUCAUGAAAAACUUACCAACCAUUUCCUUGGAGGAAUCAGGCUGGGCCUCGGGACAGGUUUGAGCUAUGGCAUCUCUGUGGACUGGAUGGACUCCACACAAGAGGAGGUGGCCUUCUGGCAGGAGAUGAUGUCGGCUGCCAAUGAGUGGAUUGAGGGAUUGCUGCCACUGCGCUCGCUGGCAGGGAGGAAAAAACUGAAAUAACCUCCGAUUCACGCCAUAGAAAAGCUGGAUGUGUUUGUUAGAAUCGGGAAGCUUCCUGCACCAAGGUGAUAGAGACCACCCACGGGGCUGGCAUGCGUCAGGUUAAUAAGGCAAUUGACAGACAGCACUUUAGAGAUGUUAAAUGUUAAGUACUAAUGCCCUGACAGAGGACAUGGAAGAUGCCAAACUGAUGCUAUACUUGAUUUUGACCAAGAAGAAACUUCAUUUGCCGUUUUAUUUAAUCGUAUUCUGUCUCUUUUAAUUCCAUUAAUCUCUGGGAACACUGUUAGAAGCAAGAGAAGAUACAGAUAUUUUUAUUUUUUUACUGGUUUUGUGCCUUUUUUUUCUGUACAGAGAUGUAGUUGUACUAAAGCAGCAGCAUGGUAUUACUCAUAUUCCCCUACAAGUGGUACACUUUGUACUCAAUGUAGAAUUGCAGCAGCACAGUCUGAGAAUGGGAGCUUUGCAUUUGUCGCUGGUGAGAAUACGUCUCUAACGUGAGGAAAGUUGAGAUCCAAGGUGAAUCUACAGAGAGAGAGAACUGUUUGAAGCAGAAAAUGAAGCAACGUGGGGAGGAUAACAAUGAGGAAUGUAAUAUAAUAAUUUCUUUUUGCUUUAAUAGAAGAAUAGAAGAGAAGUGGUGGUCCUGCAGUUAGUGGGAUUGUGCAACCAAGGGCUGUUUUCCUAGCUUUUCCACAGGCUUCCUCAGUAACCUCAGGCACAUUUCUGUAUGAAAGGACAGUUUCAGUGCAAUAUGAACUGAAGUUGCUCACUCAAGUGUAAAAUAUAGUUAUGUUGCUAAUGGGCCUAAUUGCACCUUUGAAAUGCCUUGUGUACAGAACAUUUCAAUAUGAAAUAAUGAUGUAGAAAAUCAUCUCCUGUCAGCCCGGCACAACAAGUUGGGAAAGCAAGGUCAGAAUCACCCUGGAAUGCAGGAGAUGUUGGGAGAUGGAGGGAAAGGUAAGUAGGAAAAGAAAGAAUGCCAAGAGUAGCUGCAGAGCUACAGUUGCUUAGGGUGGUCUUCUGUCUCUGCAUACCCUGUGACCCCCUGGUCUUCUUUCCCCUGAUGCCUACCAGUGAGUUAUCCAUGGCUGGAAUAUCUUUUAUGCCAGUAGCUCACAAGAACUUCGCGUCUGGCACUGACCGUGGCAGAGUGGCAUUGUGAAUGCAUUUUGAAAUACAGCUUUGUACUUUCUAUUUUGGAUGUACAUACUGUGAUUAAAUAGCAUGUUUUUCUUUAGUCAUCAACUGGUCUCCUUGUACCUAUUUUUAGCAUGGUCUGAGUAACGAAAGAGCAAGCAAAAGAGGUGUUAAAUUUUGUCAUGUCAAAAUGAACCAUUUUUGCCCAAGGGCAAGUGAAAUGUCAUGGAGAAGUAAUUUUUUUGUAGCUAUCCUACCCAAGAUUUUGGCUCUGUGACUAUUUUGAUAUUCUUCUUUAAUGUAUUGAUUUUAUUUAACUCAAGCUCAGUGUAAAUUUUCAGCUUGGCAAAGAUGGCUGUAAAUAAAUGAAUGGAAAAAUGUACACUUAAAGUAAGA